CAACCCAGUCGGACAGAUGAAAGCCCUCAGACUUUGAUUACCGUCCAGGAAUAUUAUCUUGUAAAUCAAUCAGCGAGAUGUCUUCCCUCUUCCAAUUCCAGAUUGACAUUAUCAAGGGAGUUACACUCAGCGCACAGAUUGUUGAGAGACUCUUCAAAGACUGCACGGAGGACGAUAUCCAGGCCCUUGUGAUUCCACCUCUUGAGCUGUUCGGCCAGUGGCUUAUGGUUUCUAAUGAGCGAAUUCGUCAAGGAGAAACAGCUCUUGUGGUCCGGCAGCCUUCCUGGCUUCGAAUUCCGGUGACGACAUCAAUGCCCUCGAUCAUUAGAACCAUCGGCAAAUCGAUGCAUCUGACGUCGUCUUUUCUCUUCGCCAGUUGUUGCACGAUCGGGUUCAGUACUCAGAAGUCUGGAGAGUUGAUACAUGAGAUGAUGGACUUGAAAGGGUACCUAGCCAAAUACAAGGUUUCUCCACGGCUGGUCUGUGAAUUGGUUGAGAUUCUUAAUGGAUGCCGUGAUUUUAUUCCGGCACCGACGCCCGUUGAUGUCUACCACAUGAUAGCCGAGAAAGUCUGGUCAGAACGCAACAUGCCGCAACUCAAAGCAGGCAACUACUACAAUGACUGCGAUGCUAAGGGACUUGCAAAGCUACUCGUACAGGUCUUGGACACCUUACAAGAUAUAAGCUAUCGACAAGUUUAUAUAGAGGGAGGAAGAACUGGCAUUUUGAUAGCUUCCAUCUUUGCUUGGUUGCGUCCGGAAGAGACUGCGGUAUUCGUGAAUGGGGGGCGGAUAUACCCAAUCUCACAAUCUCAACACGAAAGCGAGCCACGAUUGCUAAUUUGCUUACGUGAGUCUCAAUAUCCUCUCGAUGAUGAGUGGAAAAUCACCGGAUGGAAGGACGUUGAGUCGAUUGCUGAAACGUUCCUCCACAUCGGUGGCAAUGACACCUAUAUUCUGAAACAACAUCCAUCGCCUUGGCGCGGUGCAAAAUAUCAAGUGGAAAUGAAGGAAACCUCUCUUGUUUCCAAUGAUAUAGGCCACCUUGCUGCCGCACUGAUUGAUACCAUCACUGAAGUUGGCACUCUGCGGAUAAAUGAUGAGAGAGAGGCUGUCAAGCUAAAUGAAAUCUGCUCAAGUCAGUUUCUGGAAAGCUAUCCUGAGAUCAUGGCCCAAUUUGGGUGGCGAAGUCUCAAUACUGAGAGGGUUGAGAAGAUGGUCAAUGCUAUCAAAUCACGACUUCAUUAUCUGGGAUCCACCUUCCUCCAAGGGCCAUACGUCAAUAUCCUUGGAAGAAUGAUUGCAGACGGUUGCAAAGAGUACGAACAGUCGCACCAUGAGCCAAUGCUUCUAAGCCUAAAUAGUCACACAAAGGACGCGGAGAUCAUCGAGCACGCGAUCAACUUAGCUGGCCAGGCAAUCAUGUCUAGUCUCUGGUUGAAGCUUCCAAAUAGUCUGACAUUUUGGCCACUGGAACAAGGACUCUUAAAUGAGCUAGCUGAGAUCAUCACAGAGCUCCUUACUCAAGACCUGGACUCCAAGUGUUCAUUCUGGAAGCUGAGACAACGUUCAAUUCUCUCGAUAAUCCCCACUACAGAUGUAGGUCUAUUUGACCUUGCUUGUGCAGGGGAUGGAUAUGUGGCCUACAGCUCUAUUUUGUCUGCGCAAGACGAAAAUAUGACUGAUAUGACUGAUAUGACUGACCGAAGGCUCGCAGGCUGCAUUCAAGUAAGCCCGGGAUGUUUGAAGUGGCAAGGAAUGCAAGGAAGGUACAUAAGAUUGGUUCAGGAAACAGUUGACUUGAGGCUUGCUGGUCGUGCCGUGAACAAUCAAGAGCAUCGAGUUGAAUUAUUCAACAAGCAAGGGAUUUUCAGUGGCAUUCAAGAGAAACCCUCUCAAAACAGGCUCGACAUAUCUAUUGUCAAUUCGAUCCGAAGCGACUACGUUAAGCGAACUCUAUACCUCAGAACGCAUCUGGAAGAAGAACUGCCGCCGGGAAGUCUCCUCCCUAAGGCUGCAAUUUCAACUCAUUGGGAACGCUCUAUAGCAGCAGUAUUGCGCGCGAAGCAUAUCAAGACUAACAUGUCUCGCCUGGAGCAGCUGAGGCGACUUGUUGACGACUGGAAUCAAAGAGGGCGCUUGGGCGAUGCUUUGCAGUGGUGUUUGAUUGGAAAAAUUCCCAGACCGGGUGUCAGGUAUAUUACAACCACCAGUUCGAAUACAGAAUUACGCUUUUUCGAGGCAGGAAAUGUGUCUGAUGGGCGCAAACUGAUCAUUCGGCAAGGGGUGGUCCCACUUCUGCAUUGUGUCAAGAUCGCAAUGGAGGAUUAUGGGGACGAAUCCGAGUGGGUAAUUAUUGCGUGAUUGGGGAAUGCCUGAAUUCUAGUCAACUUUCCCACAAAAAUACCUUCUGAACUUUUGACAUGCUGUUUUGUGUCGGCACACAAGUCUGAAUCCAUAUUGCAAUCGUCACUGAGGCUUUAUUGAUUCCAACGCGAUUUGCAUCAUCAUCUUACAGUCUUUGCUGUCCUGCUCUGGGUACUUCGCUGUUCCAGAUCUACGGACCAGUUGCGGCAAUAUCCACAUGGUUUUUUGACCAUCACAUGGCGGCUAGGCUGAUACUUGACGUUGUCACAUGAAUAUUAAAUUUGUCGCCACGUGGCAAGAGAUGAUGCCCUUGUAUGGGAGGAUACAUACAAACUAGGUUAGUUAACUACUGUAAGUAGAAAGCGAUGAGUCAGUCGAAGCAUUUUUACGUUUCAAUACAGAAUCUGACGACGAAGGCAUGGAAAAAUAAUCCAAAAAUAGCUUAGCGUAAUCUUGAUUAGGGCUUUGAUACGAAGGAAGAGUAAAAUGAUUUGCGCCAUUUUUGCAACCUAGUAUAUAACUUACUAUCCACACUCGCUCCCUUCAAAAGUGAUGGCCCCGGGACACAAAUGAGUGGAAUCUAUUUGAUAGAUAUCUUAGGGUCACAUCAGAGAGCCUGACGGAUCCGCAUAAUCUGAGUGCAAUGGUCGAACAGUGGAAAACCUGUCACGGGCCAGUGCCCGAUAUUGGACACGGGCUAGCGCCCGCGCACGUGACCUUGGCAUGUUGACACGAAGAACGCGCUUGGAGAACUUCUCUUUCUCCAAGCUUUUCGUACACAGUUCGUGGCCUAGCUAGAUUGAAUAUAAGUCCGGCUUCAGCCCUUCACAAAACCAAUAAACGUGCUAUGAACGGAGAUCCAAGCAUGGACCUAAAAGAAAUCAGGGCACUCAAACGACUAUCAGUCAUUAUAAUGCCAUAACAGAAUUGGCUCGGGCAUUUUGUAACAGCGGCAGCAAAAUCAUAGUGGCGAGAUUCUCUCGCGAAAAUUACAAGAUGUUGCGAUCGACCACAUAUACAUUAUAUGUAACAUGCGACAUAGUACUGAGGCCACGUCCAGCCAAUCAUAGCCUUUACCGCACGCUAACAACUAUUGGACGAAAACUACUCCUUUCUCCACAUCGGAGUAGCAAAAGAGGUUCCAUAUGAAUUCAGACGUUCAGCCAUUCAAUCACCGUUCCAACUCGUGUGGAUAGCUAUUGGAUUUUUUCCUAUCAUCAGACUCGGGCCAUGUUUCAUCCCUCUGAAUCAUAUACAUAGUCUAUGUAGAUUCGAUGUUGCCUUCAGAUGUCUCCGACUCUUGGCGGCCGUGCCGGGUAUGACGCGAUCGUAGAAUGUCCUCGGUUGUUUUCCGAAUGGGCGUAGGAUAGUACUUUUCCUGUAGGGGAUUAGUGUCUUGCACUGCCCACUGGAAAGGAAUCCUACCAAUUGUGACUCAAAUGAUAUGAAAGUGGGUCUACACGUGACGCCGAUUAGCGGCCUCGUAUUCCGUUACCCCUGAGAUCGCUGCAUCUUGGUGGUCGAACAGAGAGAGUGGAACACACAUAUCAUUGAGCCCAUCGUGUAUAGCAUCAAUCAUAUGGCUGCGUUGGUGUAGCCGCUACAGAUCUCUUCUGCCUUCUUCCCCUUAGAUGACCCCUGAGCAAGGAACCUUCAACAUCAAAGGAGGACCAAAACCCACUCGGAUCAGCUAAGAAGGUGUAUACCCGACCAGAACCCCGUAAUCGGAUGCCUAGACAAACAUCCGCUUCGCAUAACUUGCUAUACUCAUAGGCCUUUUUAAUGAUGCCUUCCCUUCGCCGUUCUCUCAUUUGCCGGAAUGCCUUCCUUGAAGGGGCUCCCUUUUUCUUGUUCUCAUGGAGAGGGGUCUCUAAUGCCAUAUCGCGAAUACUGAUAGAAAUGCAGCCAGAUGAUGUAGAGAAUCACAAAUAUUUCUUCGUUUGCGUUAUCAUCUAAAGCAGGGUUCUAGUUGAGGAUGGUUUAGAUAUAUGAGUUAGGAGAGCCAUGGUUUUCGGAUCAUACCAAAAUCGUGGUCUUCAGCAGAGAGACAAUCUAUGGGAGUUCAACACCAUCAACUAUCUGAGGACCUCAGGCUUUGCCCAUACCUUGUCGAGUUGACCGUUCACCUCAUGUUGACCAGCAAGAUUUGCCUAGAUUUGCCUGGUCAACUCGCGAAGAGAUGAUCAACAAAUGAAAUAGCCGGCGCCGUUUGGUUACGUCAUAAACAAAUGGAUUACGUUGACCACCACAUAAACAGGUAGUCAUGGGAACCACCAAUAAAAGCGCCCCACAUGUUAAGCUACGGAUGAAAGGUCAGGCAGGGUUGAACGGUCAAAGGACAAGAAGCAUUGCCCUCAUCUGGUUAAUGACCUGGGCAAAUAUCCAUGCAUCUGGCGUUCAUUGUCAAGUGCUCCGGUUUUGAGCACCCGAAAGUCCAAGAUUUUGUUUCCUGGCUGCACUCUGGGUUUCAGGUCCCUGACCGUGUGGUUCUAAUAUCUCCAGUCAUGGAGAGAAUAUACUAGAAUAGAUGCCAAGGCGAGCUUGAGAGUGAAUAUGGAGAAUUAUACCUAUUGAUUAUGGGCGCCGCCCUACCUUGGUCAACGAGACCGGCUCCUACCAUGGGGUAUGGCAGUUGAUUUUGGCUGGUUGACGGGCACUAUGCUCUCGUGUACCAGUCCCGUACCCAAGCAGCACAGUCGGCUUACAUCCAAGAAAGAGCUUCUUCGCAAUAAUACACCAAUGACAUAUCACGAGUGACAGACUGAUUCUGUUUAUUGUUGAGCCAUCCUAAGGACUUGUGUCCAACAUGCUAGGAUGCUGGAGCGCUUCGUGCCGCUUAACCCGGGCUUCUUGACGUCCUUGGCACCCGUCGGCGGCUUCCAUACUGCCUCGACACACCCCGACUAUUAAUGAUGCCUGGUAGAUCCUAAGUCAAAGUGUUCAACCUUCUGUGCUUGAGGUCUUCCGACCCGUGAACUACUGGUGUGUUCUCGGUCAAGGAAGGGAGAUUCAGACUCACAAGGGGAGGGAAUGGUUAAUGGACUCGAACUGCUCUUUUCUUUGACUGUCGCCCGAAACCACGACGCAGCUCUCGUCCCCGGGGAUCUUCCAUCGAUCUCGGCUGAUUAACCGGCCCUGUCCUCUUAAUUAUUUACCUGGGCAAACACGCCUAUUGGCUGAUAGAGAGGUUAUCAAAAGCCCGCAGGCCAUUGUCCUAUUAACGGGCAAGGCAUUUCAGAGGGCUAUGCGAGCCUAGACCAGCGUUCGCACAUUGUGAAAGAGCUUCUGUCAUACGCCAUUCUUUUGAUGAGCGGAGGGG